AAUAUGAACAACAAAUAAUAUUAAAAGGCAUGUAGUAAAAUAGAUGAAACCAUAUACAAAGAACCAUUAAAUUGAGAUUAUAUGAAUAUUAAGAUGAAAAAAAGAGAAACCAUGUAUUAGGGAGAGUCGAGAAGCUGAAAUGAAACUGGCCAAGGAAACAAUCGGUAAAAAAGAAAGAAAAGGAAACAAGAGGAACGGUGUAUUAGGGAGAGUCGAGAAAGUGAAGCAAAAGUGUUCAAGGAAACAUUCGGUAAAAAAAAAUGAAAGCAGAGGAAAAAAGAGGAGGGUUGAGAAGGUGAAGCAAAAAUGGUCAGUAAGCUUCAACGCUUCUCCAUAUUAUUCACUAAGGCAAGAGCCUCGUCAAACUCGCCAGGAACCGUGAUGCCUGACUUGAGCCACUCUCGUGUUGAAGAUGCACGCUCAAUAGUUCUACUAGACAAGGCCGAUCAAUCAGAACCACAAACAUCCGCUGCUCCUGAGAAGAUUCGUUCAACAGAGCAUGUUGUCCCAGGGCAACAUAGGAAAUCUCGAGCCAUGAAAGAAAGGAUGGGAAAGGCACCAGCGUGAUCCUUCCACCAUGAAAGCAAAGAGCCACCAUUCAACGGAAAUUUUCCUGAUAAAUACCCUUCCAUCUCCUGACUAGUAUCAUAAUGAUCUCCAGUAGAAGUCGAGGCAAAUACGUUGUACUCGUCAUCGGUCACUAUGAGAUCUUGAUGAUUGG